CAAAAAGUUGCACGGCCAGGAAAGAAAAUUCAAAGAAAGAUAUCAGGCAGCUGCACUCUUACACUUCAUCGUUCCUUCUACCCAAGCAUCAUCGCUACACCGCAAAGAGUUGAGAGCACGCUCAAUUGAGUAAGCCACGAUGGCACCCUCUGGCAAGCCUACCAAAUUUGCGGACGUGCCUUUGCCCCUCCUAGACAUCGUUAAUGUCUUCUUGUAUGAACAUGGCUUCCAGAAAACGGCACAUGAGAUGCGGAGGGAGACGCUGAAGGCCGAGGGAAAGAAAGAGGGCUCUAGCAAAACCGUGGUGUCGUGGCAGAAUGCAGGAAAGGGUGUUGCGGACUUGAUGACAAUUUACAAAGAAUGGUCUGAGAAGUCUGGAACCGCUUCGAAGUCUGCAAAGAAAAAAGAGAAAUCGACCAGCAGCGAGGAGAGUGACAGUGAGAGCGACAGAGACAGCGACGAAGACGUUGAGAUGAAAGACGCUCCAACUGCUAGCGAAGCGACGAAGAAAAUCGAAGCAACUGCCGCCUCCAAACCGAAGAAAAUAGCAGAAAGCAGCUCAGACGGCGAGUCUUCCUCUGAAGCAGAUUCGGACGAUUCGGACUCAAGUGACGAGGACGAAAAGGCCAAAGUUAAAAAACCAGAGCUUGCAAAAGGAACCACUGCUGCUCCUUCCGCUAAGCGAAAAGCCCAUGACUCUAGCUCCAGUGAAGACGAAUCCAGCUCCGAGGAAUCGGACUCUGACAGCGAGAACAAAAGUGUGCCUGCGAAACAAGGGAAACCCGUUGCAGCUGCGCCACCUUCCGCACCGAUCGCCAACCCAUUGAAGCGUAAAGCUGCAGAUACAUCCAGUGAAUCUUCCUCUGAUGACGAGUCUUCCUCUGAGGAUUCGGAGUCCGAGGAUGAAAGACCAGCUGCAAAGAAGGCUAAGAUCGAUAACAAAUCGACUCCAGUUGGCAAUACCGAAACAGUCUCGCAGAAAAGUGUUGAGUCCGAAAGUAGCGAUGAGUCUUCAUCCAGUGAAUCGGAUGACGAUAGCGAUGACGAAUCGAGUUCUGAUGACGACGAAGAGGACAAACCUAAGCUUUCUGUGAAGGAGGCUGCAAAAGCUGCUGCAAAGAAGGAGGCUAAACAAGCUGCAAAGAUACCGUUGCCAGAGUCGGACGACGAGUCAAGCUACGAAUCCUCCUCUUCUGAAUCCGAUAGCGAAUCUGAAUCAGACAGCGAGUCUGAGGGUGAAGAGGCUGUGACAAAGGCACCAAGCAGCAAGGCUGCUUCCAAGGCGGUUCAGCAGAAGAAGAAGAAGGUCGAGGAGUCUUCUAGCGAAGAAGAUUCAUCGUCUGAGUCUGAAAGCGAGUCUGAGAGCGAGAGCUCCUCGUCCGAUGAGAGCGAAUCUGAAGAUGAUAAGCCCGCGUCAAAGAGUGCCAAUACCACAGUCAAGUCCGCACCGGCAACUAAGAAUAAUGACAAAAGCUCAAGUGACUCUGACUCCAGCUCGUCUUCCGACUCAGAUUCAAAAAAUGACGUCAAAAAGUCCAAAGGUUCAUCAAGUACCAUUAAGCAACUUCCCACGCCAGCGCUCACAAAUGGUAACGGCUCCGAGUCCAGUGCUACCAUCGGCAAUACUAGUCCAUCCCGUCAAAUCGCUACUCCCGCGAGUGGGAAUGCAAGCGGGAAGAAGAAAAAGUCUAACGUACCAUUCAGUCGCAUUCCAGCAGAUCAGAAAAUUGACCCACGGUUUGCGAGCAACGCGUAUAUACCGAAUGACUAUACCGACAGGGCAUAUAGGGAUUUGAGCGUAACGAAGGGCAAGGGUUUCACUAAGGAGAAAAACAAGAAGAAGAGGGGCAGCUACAGAGGUGGUGUGCUAGAUACAAGUGUGAUUAACAGCACGAAGUUUGACGAUUGAUUGUUUUGAAAUUCUCGUCGUAGUGAGAUGGGGAGUGGGAUUAGUUCUGCUUGGAGAAGGGUGUUUUUGUGACUUUAAAAUUAUUUAGUCGCAAUGAGAUAGGUAGAUCAACAAGCGAAGAAAUUGAAGUUGUUAUCUUG